UGAUGUUUUCAACUUGUCUGCCGCCCACAGGAAACUGUGUUUGCAAUGCUGGUCGAGAUCACAGAGCGGGCCAUGGCACAUUGUGGCUCCGAGGAGGCCCUCAUUGUGGGAGGUGUAGGGUGUAAUGUGAGGUUACAGGAAAUGAUGGAGACCAUGUGCCAGGAACGUGGAGCCCGGCUUUUUGCCACAGAUGAAAGGUUCUGCAUUGACAAUGGAGCCAUGAUAGCCCAGGCCGGGUGGGAGAUGUUUCAGGCUGGACACAGGACCCCUCUCAGUGAAUCUGGGAUCACACAGAGGUAUCGGACAGAUGAAGUAGAAGUGACCUGGAGGGACUAACAGAGUUAACAGGAUUGGAGUAUUUCAUGCCCUGAGUGGAGCCCAAGGGACCCGAGGCCUUAACCUCUAAGCUGACGAGGCUGUGGGCUCCCUUGUCUCAUCGUUUGAACCUCAAGAAUUGACUCAGCAUUAAAAUAUUUUUGGUUUUAUAUGGCAA